AUGAAAUCAAGUUGGGUUGGCAAUUUCUCACGUCUUGAAGAUGCCAGAAAUGCACUGAGUUUGAAUGGAAAAUUGGAGAUUGCAGGUCGACUAAUUAAGGUGUCAGCUGUUACAGACCAAGCUGGAAUGCAAGAUCUUGGAGCAAAUGCUGGUGAUUUUGAUGACGAUGAAGGUGGUGGCUUGAAAUCAAAGAAAAGCAAGAAAGAUAGGAAAUUGAAGAAAAACUUAAGCUUGGUUCCAGUCGAGCCCAAAGCCGCAGACUCUGACUGGUGGGAUAGUUUCUUCAACCCAAGGCACACAGGUUGGAGUGGACUUGAUGAAGGCAUCAUUGUAGUUGGGACUUGCAUGAUUUAA